UCCAAACAUGCACUAUGCAAAUAUCGCACGGAAGCUCUUCCAUCGGUCGUCUUGUGCCCCAUCCUCACCUUCCCAACUUACCCCUUCUCUCCCCUCUCAGGUACUUCAGUCAGUGAUUUUUUGGGGAAAAGCUUGAGGAUGAGUUAGGGCGUAUUAGGUGGAGGACUAGAGUCGAGUUGUCAAAGUUCGUUUGAUCAUGGACAGUAAUAAGGAUGAAGCUCUGAGGUGUAUCCGCAUCGCUGAGGAGGCGAUUGCAGCAGGGAACAAAGGGCGUGCCCUUAAAUUUAUCAAAAUUGCACAGCGGCUGAAUCGCAAUCUGUCAGUGGAAGAGUUACUUACCACAUGUGAGAGGCUUGAUUCUCAAUCAUCUACGCAUUCUAGGGAUGAAAAUGGUGUUCAUCAGGUUAAGAGGGAACGUGGUUCCAGGCCAAGAGGUUUGAAUGGAGAGAGAAAUUAUACAGAAGAACAUGUUCAGUUAGUUAGGGAGAUUAAGGGGAAGAACGAUUAUUAUGCCAUUCUUGGUGUGGAGAAGACUUCCUCUGUUGAGGAGAUCAGGCGGGCUUAUAGGAAAUUGUCAUUGAAAGUUCAUCCUGACAAGAAUAAGGCACCGGGUUCUGAAGAGGCAUUUAAGAAGGUAUCCAAGGCUUUUAAGUGUUUAAGUGAUGAUGGUUCAAGGAGGCAGUAUGAUCAGACAGGGCUGGUCGAGGAGUUUGAAUAUAACCAGCAACACAAUGUUAGGCGCAGGAGAGGAAGAGCAACUGCACAUAACUUUUUUAAUGAUGACAUUGAUCCUGAUGAGAUAUUUAGGGCAUUCUUUGGAGAAGCAGAUGUAUUUGGGAGAGCUCAUAUUUACCGGACAAGGGGAAUGGGGAGUCAACAGCGGCAAGAAUUUCAAGGUGGAGGGUUCAAUAUUAUGCUCCUUCUGCAAAUUGUACCGUUCUUGAUAAUAUUUCUGCUUGCUUACUUGCCAUUUUCCGAACCAGACUAUUCUUUGCAUAAGAAUUACUCGUAUCAGAUUCCCAAGACAACAGACAAGUAUGGGGUUGAGUAUUUUGUGAAAUCUGAAUCAUUUGAAGAUAAAUAUCCGCGUGGAAGUCCUGCCCGUGCAAAUACUGAAGGCAAUGUGAUACAUGAUUACAAAAACUUGCUUCGUCGCUACUGUCAAAUAGAAGUUCAGAGGCGUAGUUGGAAUAGGAAUCUGCCAACUCCUUACUGUGAAAAGCUUCAGAAGCUUGGUGUAGCUUGAAGAACAUGGCUACAAAUGAAUAAUAAGUAAGUCAUAGCUUUCCCGUGGCCUGCAAAUAUUUGAGAGGGAGGCAGGAAAACUGAGAACGAGACCAAAAUGUCAAGGCUUUUUGUCAUUUUGGUGAUGGAGUUAUUGAAGGCAAUGACUUAUGUUAAUAGACGUGAGGCAUGUUAACACAUUAUAAGAUGAGUUGGAAGAUGCUUUAGCAUCAUUGGAGUGCAGAUUCCAUAGCUUGAGGAAGCUUUGCUAGACUUAUUUGACUUACAUUGUUGGAUUAAACACGUUAAUUUUGCGCUUCCUUUAUGGCAGGAGGAUGUUUCUGAGUCAUUGAUGUUUAAUGACCUGGGGCGUCAAAUUAAUGCGAUCCCAUGAUAAACAGUAUUUAACAUGUGCUAUGGACAGGAGAAGUUUUUUCCAGCU